UUGAGGCCGAAAUCGAUUCAGUAAAAUAAAUUAUGUAAAUUAAUGAUACGUCAAUCCUUUGCCAAAUUCCUAAAACAUUGUUAGUUCUAUAAAACCGAAAUAAAAUAAAAUCUAUUGAUUAUUAGCAAAGAGCUCAAAAUUCUAUUCAUUUAUCACAAACACAACUGAAGUAUAUUUAUGGUAAUUAAGCAGCAACUGAACCGAUGCUUGAGAAGGAGAUACGUGGAAAUUGGAACCUUGUGAAUUUUGAAAAAAAAAGUUGCCAGAGCCCGCAAGUAACCUAUAACAAAAUGGAAGAUAAAUCGAAUCGUCGCCAUACGAGUUUUGAUAAAAUCGAUGGGAAUAGUGAUAUACAUAAAGUUUACGAGUGUGAAUUUUGCUCGGAGGCUUUUUCAUAUAAAUCUGGUUUAGAACAACAUUUAACAAAACACUCGAACGAAAAGCCUUUUCGAUGUAAAAUGUGCGACGAAACAUUCAAAUAUAAAACUACAUUGACUGUUCACGAGCAAUUGCAUACAGAAGAAAAACCGUUUAAGUGCGAAAUUUGUUCUCAAUCUUUUACCACUAGUAAACUCUUAAAAGAACACAAAAUAGUUCACGAUCCUGGAAGAAGUGCGAAGACAGAAAAAUAUGAUUUGCAUAGUAAAUUCCAUGUGAGAAAAGCAAAUUACCCAAAUGAAAGUUUAGAGGAAGCAGGACCUUAUUCGGCUCACACUCACGAAGAGAUGAUGCAAGCAGAAUUGUCUUCAGCUCACAUUUACAAAAAUAUGACACAGGAAAAACCGUAUUCAGCUCACAUUUACGAAGGGAUGACACAAGCAGGACCGUCUACACCUCAAAUUUACGAAGGGAUGACGCAGGCAGAACCGUCUUCAGCUCACACUCACAAAUGGAUGAUGCAGACAGGACCGUUUUCAGCUAACAUUUACAAAGGGAUGACGCAGGCAGAACCGUUUUCAGCUCACACUUAUGACUGGACGAUGCAGGCAGGGCAAUAUUCACCUCACACCCACGAAUCGAUGAUGCAGGCAGGACAGUCUUUACUUCACACCCACGGAUGGAUGAUGCAUGCAGAACAAUCUUUACCAUACACCCACAAAUUGAUGAUGUAUGCAAGACAGUCUUCAGCUCACACUAACGAAUCGAUGAUGCAGGCAGGACAGUCUUUACUUCACACCCACGGAUGGAUGAUGCAGGCAGGACAGUCUUUACCUCACACCCACGGAUGGAUGAUGCAGGCAGGACAGUCUUUACCUCACACCCACGGAUGGAUGAUGCAGGCAGGACAAUCUUUACCUCACACCCACGGAUGGAUGAUGCAUGCAGAACAAUCUUCAGCUCACACUCACGAAUUGAUGAUGCAGGCAGGACCGUCUUCAGCUCUUACUUACGAAGAAAUGAUGCAUGCAGGAUCGUAUUCAGCACACACUUAUGACUGGACGAUGCAGGCAGGGCUGUCUUCAGCUCACACUCAAGAAGGCAUGAUGCAUGCAGGACAGUCUUCAGCUCACACUUAUGACUGGACGAUGCAGGCAGGGCUGUCUUCAGCUCACACUCAAGAAGGCAUGAUGCAUGCAGGACAGUCUUCAGCUCACACUUAUGACUGGACGAUGCAGGCAGGGCUGUCUUCAGCUCACACUCAAGAAGGCAUGAUGCAUGCAGGACAGUCUUCAGCUCACACUUAUGACUGGACGAUGCAGGCAGGGCUGUCUUCAGCUCACACUCAAGAAGGCAUGAUGCAUGCAGGACAGUCUUCAGCUCACACUUAUGACUGGACGAUGCAGGCAGGGCUGUCUCCAGCUCCUACUCACGAAGGAAUGAUGCAGGCAGGAUCUUCCUCAUUUCAAAAUCCAAGUUUAACUCUGGAUGAACAAAGAGACUUCGAAGUGAAAAAGAAUAAAAGAAAAAGAUAUACGCCGAUAAAAUCAAGUUGAACAUGAAUUCAAAAAUUUAUUAGAAUAAUUAUAGAAUUCUGUAAAACGAAAAGUACCGAUGAAACGAACAUAUUUAAAAUUUUAUUUCGGCCUAUAUUCGCAAAUUUUUAAAUGAUUUUAACUGAUUUUUAUUGAAUAUUUGUAUUUUGAAUAAUUUUGUAAUUAAAAACAGCUUUUAUUUUAUUGAAAAUUUAUUAUUUUAUUGAUUUAAUCGAAGGGAAACAUUCAAACGUCAAGACUACACCACAGCGAUAACAUAGUCCAACUUCAGAUAGGCAUUAUAUGGAAUAGAAAGUGUCAUUGACUUAUUUUGGAAGACUUGUGCUUUGUUGAGGCAACAUAAAUCAGGCUUGUAUUUUAGUACUUUGGUAUAUACAAACUUUAAUUUAAGGAAUGAAAAAAUUCGAAAGAAAUAGAAUGACGUCUUUAUGGACGGUCUUUAAAGAAUUCGGCUCCCUGUCUCACACACAUUGAAGACGAAGUGUUGCUGCCUCAAGGUACAGACGUGUGUGUUUCGUGUCUGACUUUCAAAGAAGAAAGAUUAACUACUGGUCACAUAAAUUUAAAGUUUUUCACGGGCCGAACCAGAAGCUGCCAAUGAAAGAUUUUGAGGGGGUGCAAAAUCUCAUUGU